AUGCUGCGCCCUAUUUUCGGCUGUCUGGGGCACCUCUGUCAGCUACUUAGAGCAAACAUUAAGCCACUGAUUUUGCUGGCGUCAUUCGGCACCUUUAUUUGGUUGAUUGUGAGCACGACAAAUCGACCGGAGUUCACCCGGCACGCCGCACGCCAGCAACUGCUGGCAGAGGAUAAAAUUGACUUCAACAAUCGCUGGAACGAAAACACGGUACAAAUCUUUCUCCGCAUGCUGGACAUCCGCGGGAAUGUAACAGAUUUGGCAAAGGAUAGUGGUGCUUGUCCACUUAAAGACGAAGUCGUCUUCACCGCCUUCAUGGGCGAAACCCUGGAGGAACAACUUUGGCAGUACUUUACGCUGAUUGCACUCAGGCAAAAUGCGGAUGUAUCAGACGAGAACAAGUCGCAGAUAAAACCUUUUCUAUCCCAAUUUUCCAAGCAGCAAUUGCAGCAAAUUUUUGAAAAUGUUCCAAUGGAGGCAAUAGGUGAUCUACCCUUCGAUUGCUACGACAUUGCCAAUGCCCUAAUCGUAAUCAGUUCCAUGGACAUUCCACGACCGGAAAGGGUGAACCAAAUCUUCAUACUAGAUGACGGUGCGCGUCGUUAUCAGGAUCUGGUGGCUACCAAAUGGGACCAGGAAACCGAUAUGCUACGGCUCGCCAGUGCAGAAUCAGCCAAUCACCGGUUGGCCAAACUUCGAGAACGUUCCCCACUUCGGGAGAACAGUGCACAGGGUGUAGAAUUCGUAGGCAUCUACAUCCGGAGGGAUGACCAUCUACCAUUCGAGUACUACUACCGGGCCAUAGCUCUGCAGCGGAAGCUGCACCAGGCGCGGCUAAUCUUUGUAGUUAUCUGUGAGGAUGCACAGGGAAAGCUUUGCAAGCAGAUCGCUGCGCCAGCAGAGGAAAUCUACGUCCAGCAAGCGAAAGCUGCGAACGAAACGGGACAUGACUUUGCUCUAAUGGCGCUCUGCAAUCACACCAUCGUGUCGAACGAACUGGGAAUAUUUCACGCCCUGAUCAGCGGCGGUGAUGUAGUGGUGUAUGAGUUCAGCGAUGAAGACGACCGGAUGCAGUACGUGCCGUGGUCGAUUGCGAGCGAGAUGGAUCGAUGGUACAUGCUAGGUUAG